ACCGUUUCUGCAAUAUUCAUUACACCAACCUCAAACCACCCCCACCCAUCCCUUCUGUCUGGUGGAUAGUAUUUUUGUUAUCUUUCAGAUAAUAUAUGGAGCUGGGCUUAAGCUUAGGUGACAAGUCAUGUAAAAAGUUUCAUGGGAUUACUACAAAAAUCCCAGCUGCAGCCCCUACUUUCCCUUCCGCCGCCGACAGUUGUAGUGUAGGAUUCUGCAUGGCCUUAACGAUCAACGCAAUAUAUGGAACUAAUAAAAAACGAGCUAACGAUGAUAGCAACAAAAAAAACGAUCAAACUACUUUCGAAGAUCUAGAGGGUUUGAAAGAAAGCCCAAGAAUCAAAGCAAUAAUUGAUGGUAGAGAAAAAGUCUUGCAACUGAACCCUCCUCUUCAGCUUGAUCUUCUUCCUGUCCCUGAUCAUACCCUUGUUAAUCGUCAUGCUCCAUCAUUACCAUGGUCUUCUGAUAAUGGGAGUUCCCAUGGGGGUUCAUCCGAGAAUCUCCUUGCCGCUACAGGAUUUGAUGUCAAGAGUACCCCACCGGCAACCAUGGGGACAGAAGAGGCAACGUCAUCUCUCCGGCUGGAUUUUUACAGUUCUAGAAGGUUUAAAGACCAUUCUAUUCUAAAUCAUAGACAGAAGCUUGAACUAGCAAGACAACUUAAUCUCAGCCCACGACAAGUCGAAGUCUGGUUUCAAAACAGAAGAGCAAGGACGAAACUGAAGCAAACAGAAAUGGAUUAUGAAUACUUAAAAAACUGCUGUGAGACAUUAACGGGAGAAAAUAGAAGAUUACACAAGGAACUUCAAGAAUUGAGGGCGUUAAAGACCACUACAAACUCAUUCAAUCUGCAACUCCCACCUACCACCCUCACCAUGUGUCAUUCUUGUGAGGUUGUGGCUGCUACCACAUACACCAUCACCCCAGCUUCUCCAAGUACUAAGUUCCUCAACACCCCACUGUCAGACAACUCCAGUCACUAGCCUGAACCAGUUUCCGGAAUGAAGGUGAGAGAAAUCAGAAGCCGAGCACUAAACAAGAUUAAAACAUCGACUAGCAAGAAGUUAUGGGAAAACAAAAAAGUAACCUACAUGAUAAAGGGAAGCAAUAACACAGUCUAGCCAACUUAAUCCGCAACAAACCCUUUUGUAAUGGGAAGCAAUAACACCAGUCUAGCCAACUUAAUCCGCAACAAACCCUUUUGUAAUGGGUGUUGCCAAAAGAACCCCAUGAAUGUACGGAGGUCAACCACACAUACGAGGUUCACUUUAUAUACUAAGAUCAUCUUCAAU